UCUCCUUUUUGGUUUCAAGCUUAUUUUUGAAGCUAUAGAUCCUGCCCAGUGGCACCUGGACACAAAGAGGAGAUGGCUGCUGCUGUGUAUGGAUCUGCCCUGCUCUGGAUAGCUCUGCUACUCUUUUCUCCGGAUGGGAUGAUAAUGGCCACUCAGAAAUCUGUGCUCUCCUUGAACCCCCCAUGGUACAGAGUAUUUGAAAGGGAUAAUGUGACUCUUACAUGUAACAAGAACAAUCUCACUGAAGACAGUCCCACUAUGUGGACUCACAAUGGCAUCAGAUUUUCAACAAACACUGCAAAUUAUAACAUUGUGAAUGCCAGCUCUCAAGACAGUGGGGAAUACCGAUGUUGCAGCCAAAAUUUGUACUGGAGUAAUCGUGUUCACCUGGAAGUGUUGAAGGACUGGCUGCUCCUUCAGACCUCUCCCAAUGUGGUGUUAGAGGGUGAGCCCCUCUACCUCAGAUGCCAUGGUUGGAGGAAUUGGAUCGUCUACAAGACACUGUACUACAAGGAUGGCAAAGUUUUUAAGUACAAUUAUGAGAACAAUAAUGCCAUUAUCAUUAAGAAUAUGACAGCCAAUGACAGUGGUACCUAUUGUUGCUCUGGCUACCUUAACUCCAAGCACUGGGAGGAGAGUGAUAAGUGUUCAUCCCAACCCCUCAAAAUUACUGUCCUAAAAGCUUAUCAGAGCAAGAAUAUCUGGCUGGAACUUGUUAUCCCUCUGUUGGUGGUGACUCUGUUUGUAGGAGAUACCUGGUUAUUUUUCUCAACUGAUAAACAGUUCAAAUCUCUCUUGAAGAUGAAAACAACUGGGCAGAACCCACAUCCUGUGGCAAGUCCCCAAAGGAAAGAUGUUGUUGCUUGAAAAUAGUUUGCAACAGCAAUUUUCUUAAAGCAGCGUAUGGAAUUACUUUCUUAAACACAGCUUUCAAAGUGCAUAGAAAAAUCUGUGGUCAACGAUUUACAGAAAUGCCUCUUUAAAUGAAAUAUAACUUGUUAUGUGACUUGCAAUACUAAGUGCUCAAUAAAAACUGGUUGAAUAAGUGCAACAA